UAUGGUUCCGUUCCAAUCUUUCUCUUCUUACAAUUACAUUACAUACUAAUAAUUAAAAUAAAUUAGAAAGAUCAGAAUCUGUUUUCUCUGUUUUAAAACUCACAAAUGGUUCCCACAAAGCAGCGGUGUCCUAGAUUCUUCAAGUUCCGUAACACUAACAACACCCAAAUCUCUAUUCUCAUUAGUUUUUGAUAGUUUCUAUCUUUUCUUCUUUGGUUGGAUUUCCCAAACUGUCCCCACAAGUUCCUCAAAGCACUAGUUUAUCUAUUUUUUUUGGUCAGAAGUUCCUCAAGUAGUAUAGUAUAAUCAGUUGUCGUUUUCAAGUGUUUGUGUGUAGUUUUUGGUUGUCGUUUGGGAUUGAGAAAAGUCAUAACAGAACUAGAUGGUUGUUGUUGGUAUUGGCAGUAAAUACUACGACGUCGUACGUUUGGUGGUAGUGGGAAUGGGUUGGAUUAUGCUGAGGAUUGAUUACUCAAGGCUAUUCUGGCUUCUCUUCGGUGUUUACUCUUAUGAAAAUCACGAGGGAAAGCCUCGGAUUUAAUUCUUUCUUUCUUCACUCCCUUCCCUACUUAAAUUAAAUUAAUUAAUCAUUAUUAUCGCUUUUCCUUAAUUAGUUAAACCGUUUUCUUUUUAACUUCAAAAGAAACCCCCCGCAAAAAAAAAAAAAAAAAAAGAAGAAAAAAACAUUCGAAGAACAAAAAGAACAACAUGUACAAGAAAAAACAACUUCUUGUUGGACAUGAAGACGAGGCUAACAGAAGCGCUUAUGUCGAAACCGAUCCCACUGGUCGGUAUGGUCGGAUUGAAGAAGUUCUUGGGAAAGGAGCAAUGAAAACUGUGUACAAGGCAAUAGAUGAGAAGCUCGGAAUGGAGGUGGCAUGGAGCCAAGUCAAACUGAAUGAAGUCCUUAGAUCACCAGAUGAUUUACAGCGACUCUAUUCUGAAGUUCAUCUCCUCAGCACGCUCAAUCAUGACUCUAUCAUUAAAUUCUACACCUCUUGGAUAGAUGUUGAUAAUAGAACUUUCAAUUUCAUCACCGAAAUGUUCACUUCUGGGACCUUAAGAGAAUACAGAAGAAAAUACAAGAGGCUGGAUGUCCGGGCCAUUAAGAAUUGGUCUCGACAGAUUCUAAAGGGUCUUGUUUACCUUCACGGCAAUGACCCUCCUGUUAUUCAUAGAGAUCUCAAGUGUGACAACAUUUUUGUAAAUGGUCAUCUUGGACAGGUCAAGAUUGGUGAUCUGGGUCUUGCUGCAAUUCUUCGUGGCUCUCAAUCAGCACACAGUGUCAUAGGCACUCCAGAGUUCAUGGCACCGGAAUUGUAUGAGGAAGAUUACAAUGAGCUCGUUGAUGUUUACUCAUUUGGGAUGUGUGUUUUGGAGAUGUUUACUUCUGAAUAUCCUUACAGUGAAUGUUCCAAUCCAGCUCAAAUUUACAAGAAAGUGACCUCGGGGAAGCUGCCAGCAGCAUUCUACAAGAUUCAAGACUUUGAAGCUCAACGUUUCAUUGGGAAAUGCUUAGUCAGUGCUUCAAAGAGAUUAUCAGCAAAAGAACUAUUGCUUGAUCCGUUUCUGGCCUGCAAUGAUGAUGAUAUUGAAUUGCAAAAAGGAAGAAAUCAGAAACCAUUUCUGAAUGACAAAGAAAUGGGAAAAUUGAGAUUGAGUGAUGCUUUGCCCCGGACUGAGAUGAAAAUCACAGGGAAGCUGAAUCCUGAAGAUGAUACCAUAUUUCUCAAAGUUCAAUUUGCUGAUAAAGAUGGUUCUCUUAGGAACAUAUUCUUCCCCUUUGACAUUGUUAGUGACACUCCACUAGAUGUUGCCACAGAGAUGGUAAAAGAAUUGGAGAUCACUGAUUGGGAGCCAUUUGAAAUCGCGAAAAUGAUACAAGAGGAGAUAUCUUCUCUACUUCCACAUUGGCAAGAAGAAACAUAUGAUACUAUUAAUUAUCAUGACAAUGAUGAUAAUGAUGGUACUCAUCAUCCGUUCUACUCUUUCUCCUCAUGUUCAUCAUCCCAGGCAUCUAUAUCAGGCUUGAUCACCUCUAAUGGGAUUGACCAAAUGGCAAAUCGAGGCGAUUGGCUUCAAGAUGAUUUGCUUGAUGAUACCAGCUCUGUAAGUUCUUCACACUCAGGAACUUAUUCCAACUUGAAUUAUCUCUCUGGAGAUGAGAAAGAGACCAAUACAAUCCCAACAAUAGGAGACAAACUUCCCAACAAUGUAAAGAGUCAUAACUCCACAAGAUUUUGUCCUGAAGAAAACCACAAGGCAAGUCAAUCUUCAGUUCAGAAGUACAAUGAGCAGCUCAAAGCUUUACUAUCAGCCCCUACUUCAAAGGAAAAGCAUAAAAUGGUCGCUAUGGAUAGCCUUAAACUGAUGAGGAACAGAUCAUUAGUUGACAUACGCAGUCAAUUGCUACACCGGUCGUUGGUUGAGGAAGUUUACAAGAGACGGCUGUUUAAUACCAUUGGAGCUGUCGAAAACAUCGGGUUUCAGGAUCCUUGUGAUGUUUCAAGAUCAGCAGGUGGUGCUGCUCAUAACCAUAAAAGAACUUCAAAAAAUGUAAAGGGUCAACAUCCAAGUAGAAGAGCUUAAGAUCCUCAUGAUUGAAGUCAAGUUAAGUUUGCUUAAAGGAGAAAAGAAGAGAUAUUUAGUGAAGAUGCAAGGAAACUAAAUUCUCGAAUUUAUAGUUGAUCUUCGCAACAAAGAUGCAGCCUUCACUUUUUAUGUAGAGUUUUGGCAUGAUUUAUUGUAAAUAUGCUACUUAAAGUUGCAAUGUGAGAAGAGAACCCAAUGAAAUAACUUGAGGUUCUUAAAAUGUGGCGAUGUGUUUCUCUUCUCGUGUUCAAUAUUGUAUAAAACUAAAAAAGUUGUAAUAUUAUCUUUUAUCAGCAAGGAUGGGAUUAAUCUCCUUAAUCCUUAGCCUCCCUUAAAAAAUAAAAAAGAUAAAAAUGCUUAAUUUGCA